AUGGUCUCUUCUACCACCGGCACCCCCGUCUGGCCCUUGUUAAAGACCGUCUUCUCCUCUAUCCUUGAGGUUUUCCUAACAUGCCUGGCAGGCUUCAUACUGGCACGUAAGGGUAUCUUGGACAAGAAGACACAAAAGGCAAAUGACGCACAGCAAAUCAACCAUCUAAACAUAUCCCUGUUCACACCAUGCCUUCUCUUCUCGAAGGUUGCGUUCUUCCUGUCACCCGCUAAAUUGAGAGAGCUAUGGAUUAUCCCUCUAUUCUUCUGCGCUGUGACUGCUGUGUCCAUGGCGGUGGCGUGGCUUCUUGGAUGGAUGUUCAGACUCAAGCGCUCGCAAAGGAAUUUCGCAAUGGCGGCUUCUAUGUUCAUGAAUUCCAAUUCCCUUCCCAUCGCUUUACUACAGUCACUUGUUGUCACUGUUCCGGGUCUCACUUGGGGAGACGACGAUAACACAGACGCCAUGGUAGGACGCGCAUUGACAUAUCUGGUGCUGUGCAGCACGCUCGGGAUGAUCGUGCGAUGGAGCUACGGUGUGCGCCUGCUUUCUCAAGCCGACACUGAGGGUACGGAGCCUCAAGGUCUCCAAGACGAGUCAACUCUUCUGUUAGACAGUGAGCAGACUCUGGUGCCCGAAUUAGCUCAAGAACAGCAUCCAAACUUGGCCGAACCGGAGGACUACCUGAAUCACCAACCCCUCAUCCCUUCUAUUGCUGUGCACACUCCAGGGAAUCAGCGCUCCGUUUUCUAUUCUUUCCCAAAUACACCCUCAAUCUCACCUUCUGAGCUCCCUCCUCUAACGCCUGAUGACGGACUCACGACUGACGAAUCUGACAGUGAGACGGACGAUGAUCUUGAUUUUCCACAUCCUCUUCCGCGUCACACCACGGUGCCGAGCUCGACCCGCACACAAGCAUUUUUCCGUCGCACGAAACACCGCGUGUUGACGACCUUCCGGAAGCUGAACAGUUUCAUGACCGCACCUCUUUGGGCCGCGCUCCUCUCGUUGGUGGUCGCCCUCAUCCCUGCGCUCCAGCACACUCUCGAAGUGCAUAUGAAGCCCGUCAAGGGUGCCGUCAGCCAGGCGGGUAACUGCUCCAUCCCACUUACACUCGUCGUCCUUGGCGCGUACUUUUACCGGCCCUCGUCUGAAACCGGCUCCAGAGAGACGCGAUGGCAUCGCGUACGCUCUCAAGUGUCGCUCGUCGACAGCGUGCGCGAGAUGUUCAGUCUUAAAAACGGUCGUACAAGCACCAGAUCGCCACCGCUGAAGAAGGAGAGCAGUGGGGAGGGAAAGACGGUGUUUGUGGCGAUCGCGGCGAGGAUGGUGAUCACGCCGGCAUUAUUCUUGCCUCUUAUGUGUCUGGGUGCAUGGUUGGAUUUGCCAACUGUGUUCGAGGACCCUGUGUUCGUGCUGGCCCUUGUGCUGUUGUGCUCAUCGCCGCCAGCUCUAACCCUUGCCCAGAUUACGCAGGCGGCAUCUGGCGAUGCAUUUGAGCGUCUGAUCAGCCGGACCAUAUUCUGGUCUUACUGCAUUAUCACCCCGCCUGCAACGAUUAUCUACUCCGUGCUCGCGAUGAUCAUCGCAAAGCUGUAA